AUGCGCUACCAGGAUACUACAGCUCUGGGCCUGCUUCACGCAGGCCUGGCUACCGCACUCACCUAUGCCAGCAACCAGGUGGAGGUGAUUCCGGAUAGCGAGGUGGUUGCUGCCAACUUCCCAGAAGUCGAGGGUGUUGAGCUCUCCUCUCCCGCCUUCGCAAACCCAGACAGCGUGCCCAGCACCUUUGCCAAUGGCACAAGCGGUCCGACAGACCAGGCGACGCUAGACUACUAUCUGCAGACCCUCGCGUCCCGAAAUGACUGGUUGACAUAUCACAACCCCGACUUCCAGUCAGAGGAAGGCCGCACAAUCCCCUAUGUCUACCUGUCGACCUCCAAGCGCAUCCCGGCAAGCAACCUUGACACCUACGCGAACGCCAGCGCCCCAGGAAAGGUGCGUAUCUGGAUGCAAGGUGGCGUGCACGGCAACGAACCCGGCGGUGAUCAGGCCCUCCUUGCUCUUCUCGGCAGGUUCGACGCCAAUGCCACCUGGGCGGCCUCCAUCCUCGACAAGGUGGACAUCAUGAUGUUGCCGCGUUACAACCCCGACGGCGUGGCGUACUUCCAGCGCUACUUCGCAACCAACUUCGACCCGAACCGUGACCAUACCAAGCUCGCCCGUCAGCAGACUCGCGACAUCAAGAAGCUCGUCAUGGGCUUCGCGCCACAUGUCGGCGUCGACUGCCACGAGUUCAGUCCCACGCAGCCGUGGGGUGCCAAGGAGCAGUGGAUCGAUGCGCAGGACGGACAGUUCUCGGCGAUGAAGAACGCAAACAUCCAUCCCGAUAUCCGCGAGAUGUCCGAGGCUCUGUUCGCGAAUGCCAUUGCGGCGGCGAUGGAGCGUAGGGGUCUCCGAUGGGGCCCCUACGUCGUCGGUCCUGAUGGCACGGAUGACAUUGUGCUGGAGGAGACGACUGGCGACGCCAAGAUCGGUGAUAGCUCCGUUGCGCUGAGCCAGGCCAUCAUGUUCUUGACCGAGACCCGCGGCAUCGGCUUGGCUGAUCAGCACUUCCAGCGUCGUGUAGCUACUGGUCUUACCAUGGUUGAGACUCUUGUCCAGACGGCUGCCGACCAUGCCGAGGAAGUCUACCAGACGGUCGAGAAUGCGCGCGCCAAGUUCAUCGAGAGUACGGAGGACAUCAUCAUCACCGAGUCUGCGCGCCCGACCAACAUCUCUUGGCAAUUCAUCGAGGCCGAGUCUGGCAAGCUGGUUGACAUCCCGGUGCAGUUCCUCAACACCACCCCCGUUGUCGCGAACCUCACUCGCGCUCGUCCUGAGGCGUAUGUGUUUUCGAAGGCGUGGGCGGACGUGGCUGAGCGUCUCCGGGUUGCCGGAGUGGAGGUCCAGACGCUGCAGUAUGAUUUCAGCGGCGAGGUUGAGGCUCUGAACGUCACCAGCGCCGCCGUUGCUGCUUCCAAGUACGAGGGUGUGGCGAGAAGCACGGUUGAGACAUCUGCGGUGAAGAAGGAGAUUCGCAUCCCGGCUGGAGGUUUCUGGGUUAGCACGAGACAGAAGAAUGCUGCUCAUGCCUUUGUCACUCUGGAGCCUGAGGGAAUCGACUCAUAUGCCACGUUCAACAUUCUGCCCGUCAACGUCGGCGAUGAGUACCCUGUCUACAGGGUCAUGGCGUAG